AACAAACGAAUCAAACGCAGCUGUACAAGUACACUUUCAAGUUCAAGUGCGGCUUGGAAGUGCAAUAAUUCUUAUCAGCAAACAGCUUUGCAUUAGCUUCCGGAUUUGAACAGUAAAUUCAUUCAAAAUGCAUUUCGUCUGCGAUCUCAGUUUAAUUUUGAUUGCAAUGUGCACGGUUCGGAUAAUACGACUAACAAUGGAAAACUAUUUCGUUUUACUGCUGAUUCUUUUGGCUGUACCUUGGUCCUUUGAGGCCACCCCCAAGCUUAAGCCAACCAAGGCCGCCAUUAUAGACUUGAAGAACAAAACUGAAGUAGUACCGUCAAGUAGCAUGCCCAUUGCCAAUGUCACAGCCGUGCACGAGAAGUUGGCAGAAGUCCACAUUGAUCAGCACAAAACCAUUCGCAUUAGCAAAGGAGAUCUGGAUGAUCUAUUGGACGUUUAUAUGGGUAAAAUAGCAGAGAGUGCAGCCACCAUCAAGGACAAAGAAAAUGAAAUAAACAAGCUUCAAACCAAGGAACACACUGACGACGAUCUACUGAAGAGAUUUGAGAAUCUCACAGAGAUUUGUAAUGCUCAAAAUGCUACAUACACAGCCAAACUGAAGGAAAAGGCGGAUCAAAUCAAGGAACUCGAGCAGAAGGUCAAGGUCUACGAGACCAGAUUGAAGAGGAAACAGCACGUGUUGACUGAUUUAAGAAAACAGAACACCUCCAGUGCGGCAUUGAUCGAUCAUCUGAGAGCCAAAGUCGUAUAUUUUGAAGGUAAGUUCAGGGAGAAGAAGGACGACCUGUUGGCAGACUGGGAGGCAGCCACCACCACUUGUAUGCCCUACGGCAUGACGUCUGGGAUUCAUUUGAUCCAUCUGCCAGGGUUCCUGCCCUUUCUGGUGUCCUGUGAGGGUCUCACGACCGCCGGUCCUGGAUGGAUGGCUAUUCAGCGUCGACUGGAUGGCUCUGUGAACUUCUAUCGCAACUGGGAUCAGUACAGGAAAGGGUUUGGCAAGCUCAACGGGGAGUUCUUUAUUGGCCUCGAAAAACUGCACCGCCUGACCAGCUCCCAGCCUCAUGAGCUCUACAUAAGCUUCAGGAGAUUCAAUGGAGAGUCAAGCUAUGCCCACUACGAUGACUUUGUUAUUGGCAGCGAGGAGGAAGGUUACGAAUUGAAAUUGCUCGGCCAUUAUCAAGGAAAUUCCAGCGACGCGUUACGCACCCAUGACAAGAUGAAAUUCUCAACCUUCGAUAGGGAUAACGAUGAAUUUACGCAUAUGAAUUGCGCCGAGUAUCACCACGGAGCCUGGUGGUACGACUUCUGUUCGCGAAGCAAUUUGAAUGGCAAGUACUUCAAGGCCGAGGUGGACAAUGUCCAGGGCAUUUUCUGGGAGCAAUGGUAUAGCUUCAGAUCUCUGAGAUCCGUACAGAUGCUAAUCCGUCCAAAGAGCCAAAUGGAGCUGAACGAUUUACCGAGGACCAAGCGUACUGUACCCCUAAAAGUUCAUUAAAAUGAAUCCCUCCAUCAGCUCAACACACAAAAAUACUCAUUAUUUUUAAUAAUUUACGCGUAUUAUGUUUGUUUCUAGAGGCUUUAAGAGCACUGUGAAACCAGAUAAAUCUCAAUACGAAGCCGA